CGACAUUUUACAGUAUUGACUGUGGCCGUGCCGUUGUUGUAAAUAUUGUUUAUUUUCGGGUUUUCCGCGUUUUUUUGUAAAGUUUUGGUGUAUGUCGGGCGUUGCGCUUGGUGCGUGCUACCCGAGGCGAUGUUCCCGAUCGCGAAAGACCAAUGGAUACAACAAUAAACCCGGUUAAAAAUUCGCCUUGUCCAGCUUACGGAAAACGAAAGCCACCUCUUGACAUGGCAACGAUGGUUCGCCGCAGAGCAAUAGAUUGAGCCAUGGAAAUAGAGGUAAAACAAAGAAAUAGAAGGCGAAAACGCGCUCAGCGUAUGCAGCAAGAAUUAAAAGUGACGAAUGCUAAUAAGGCGAUCCCGGACGAGAGCGAGACCGAGGAUGUCGUGCCCAAGAAACCCCCACGGCCCCCCAAUCGACGGAAAAAACAAAAGGACCUACUCAAAGAGCCCUUGUGCGAGGAGGACCUCGUAGAGGGCUUUUCCAUACUUCAAUUUAGGAACUACGAGGACUUGGAGUUGGUAGUAAAGAUCGCCGCCAAAGAGGGUCUCAAACGCCUUACGGAAAUCGAAAGACCGAAAAUCGAACCGAAAGCGCACGUCAUCACCAAUCACAUUUUGGUCCACAACAAUCAUAAUGGGUUGACAUUGACUCAUGAUCCAGCUACAAGUGACGAUAGUGGUCGGGCUUCAGAAAGAUUGACUGGAUCUUCGGUAGUUUCUGUUGCACCACGGGAACGCGAUGCCGACAGUUCCAGAGACCGGUUAAGUGACGCGAGCAGUAGAUGCAGUUCGGGCAAAGGAUAUAUCUGUGAUAGUGAAGGAGAAGAUGAUAAGGGCUCCGAUGCAAGCUCGGUGAUCUUCCCUUCGGCGCCGUCGGUGCGGAAGCACGAGUUUCCUGGCGCGCUGCCUCCCAGUUUGCCCCAGGGACUACCCCAUGGACCCGGCAGCAGUCCGUUGCCGGCGCCGACGCCUCCGAUUAUGCCGGUGCCGUCGCCGGCGCCCGCUCAUCAACCGCCUCAACAUCCGAUGCAGGCGAUACCAUCGGCGGCGGUCGCUCCUGCCGUCGUCGAGGGCGCCUCUAUAAAAUCGGAAUUGGGUACUAAAGUACCACCUGUUACCGGACAAGACUUCACUCCACCAGCUCCAAUGUCGUGCGCACCUCCAGCGGCUGUGGCACCUCAACCGCCCCCGCCACUGGUGGCUUCAAUGCCCCCGGCCACCGCUCUCGUGCCGCCUCCAGCUGCGGCACCAGCGGCACCCCAUCACCACCACCAUCAUGCAACCUCAUUGGAUCCUACUGUGGCAGUCGGACGCAUUGAUAGUCCCGCUGUCGCCACUUCGGCCAAUGCCGCAGUGGCACCUAGUCCUGGCCAAUAUCAUCAUUCCUAUCAACCUCUCUACACUCCUUACGCUUACCCUUCGACUCCCGCGUAUCCCAACUCCGUACCAUACGCUACUCCACCUUCUGUGGUACCUCCUGCAGUAACUCAGCCAGCUACGAUGGUACCUCCACCAACACCACCCGAAAAACGAUCGACAACACCUCCAAAAGUGGCGUUGAGCCCUAGAGCUCCCGAAGCUGUGGUACGCGAACGGGAAAGCUACAGUAGUGUGAUGUCGCUGAGCCGCAGCAGUAGCAACACCAAUCGGACCACGACUCCCGUUCAGAGUCACCCACAGCCCCCAUCCACCGUAGUGUCUUCUAGUCUGGCAGUGCAGUCGUCUACGAUCGCGCAGGCGCCCUUGGCUAAGCCUUGGGCGACGCCUGCGACUGUUGCGCCUGCGCCCGCCGCACCUUUACCUUCGAGAUUAAGUCCAGCGCCUCCUCGACCAGCUCAGCCUUUACACAGCGGCGCUUACGCUCCCUCUGGCGGAGCUCAGCCAAUGUUUGCUCCACCCACCAUAGCGCCACCUGCGGUGUCGACGGCACCAUCCACCCCCACUGCCAGCAACCCGAAUCCUUUUUCAGCAGAGAGCCUCUUCCAAACAAAGAAACAUUCGUUUCCGGAUCAAGCCGACAUGUUACGACGCGAGCUGGACAACCGGUUUUUGGCGUCUCAAGAUCGGGGUUUAGGGGUGGCUCCGCCUCCGUACCUGCGCACCGAGAUGCAUCAGCAUCAGCACCAUCAUACGCACGUGCAUCAGCAUACUACGUCGCUGUUGCCGCCUCCCGGUUCCGGACUAUUUCCUUCGCAAAUGCCUCUAUCUCCUAUGGACAGACUGGCUAGAAGAACACAGAGCAGUUUCAAAGACAUUCCCAAAUUGGGUAGCGUGGAUUCGUCUUUCUACCGACAAGGUUUAGGCGUGCCAACUUACCCAGGAUACAAUCCUGGUCUGAUGGGACAUCCUGGAUUGACAACUGGACCCACUCCCUUUGUACCGCCUAAUCAUCUGCCUACCUUUCAACCAAAGUCGCUGAGUUCCCAAGACCCCAGUAAACCUAAAAUCAUGAAAAAUGGCAAAUGGAAUGCGAUGCACGUGAGGGUGGCUUGGGAGAUUUACCAUCACCAGCAAAAAUCGGGAGAUGCCAAAGGUUCGUUGGCGGGAAUAGCGCCGAAACCUGGAGUUCCCAACACUGCCGACCUACUGAGAGCUCCUUCGCAUUUAUUUUCACCUGGAAUGCACUCGAGACCGCCCGAAUUGGGACCGUAUCCGCCCUCGGGGCUCGGCGGUCACCGGCCGGUGGGUUUUGAGCAACCGUCGCAUCAUGGUGGCAGUUUAUUUGCUGCGCCGUCUGGUCAUUUAGGCAAAUCACCAUUCACCAACGCAUCGUCAAUGUCUCCAUUCAGUAGGUACGCCGGUGCACCUAUGGGAGCCUCGGGAGGUUCCCCUUUUUCCAUGUCACCUUUUGGUGCAUCCAGAGGGGACCACCUAGGACUAGGACCGUUGCACCACGAUCCGUGGCGCGCGAUGCAACGCUCCAUGUCCGGAUUUCCGCCUGCCGUCAACGCCUUACCGCCUAGUUUACCCGGUCUGCCUCCGGGUCCGGCUCCUUGGACGUUGAAACCCGAUCCCGUUCUGGAACAGCGAGAACGGGAACGAGAAGCCCGCGAAAGGGAGGAGCGAGAACGCGAAAGGCUGAGGCGAGAGCGAGAGGAACGGGAGAGGCGAGAACGAGAAGAGAAACAGAGACGAUUAGAACAGCAACAGCAACAAGAGCGAGAACGCGAAAGACGAGAAAAAGAACGGAGGGAAAUGGAGAGGCGAGAAAACGAGAGGCGAGAACGAGAGCGAGAGGUUUUGUUGCACCAGCAACGUAUGGCGGCUGAGACUGCUGCAAAACAGAGUGUGCCAGUGAUGCGAGACAGAUCGCCUUUAAGAAAUGGCCAACCUGAAAUGUCCGAAAUUAGGGUCAAAGAAGAACCGAGAGUAAAGGAAGAGGACUUAUUAGCAAGAACUGAUCCAAGGACGGUCUUUAGGUAUCAUCCCUACUUAAGACAUCCAGGUUCGCUUCAACCUCCUCCACCGUCAGCAUUGGACAGAUCGAGAAUGUUGGCGCACAGUUUGCAGCCUCACUAUCCUCCGGCGUCCCAUUGGCCACCCACAACAAUGGCCUCUGAUCCUUUCUACCACCGUUAUAGUUAUAAUCAUUUAAUGGACCCCAUGCGGUCUAUGGAUGAUAGAGCUGCAGCUGCUGCUAGUUAUUACGGUGCUUAUGCUGCUGCCCACCACCAGUCGCAACUGAGGCCCAAAGAUCCUUCGUUGUUGCAUUUGAGGGGUGGACCGGGACCGCCACAGCCGGUACAUAAAAUGAGCGCUACACCUCCUACGGAAAUACACAAAAAAGAAGAGCCCCGAUAGCGGUUGUAAAUUGAUGCUAUAAUUGUGGUCAAGUGAUAUAAUAUAUAGGACCGAAUGUCCUCUAGAGAUGAAAAAGGUGAGCAAGGCGAUUUCGAUUUCUGUUUUUUUUUUUUAAUUGAGCUUUAACGUGAUUGACCAGUGAAUUUUUUAGCGGAAAACCCAUUUGAAUUGAAAUCGUCUUAUUCAUAAAAAAAAUGAUCUCAAAUUUAAUCAAAAAAGGCAAAAAUGUGUUUAUUAAAGAUGGCAAACGCGAAGAAAAGUACAAAUUUUUAGUAAAAAAUGAUUUUUGGAUCCCGGUGCCCCGUUUCCCAUCUUUACCUUGCAAUAAACAACAAACGGCAUCCUUGUGUUCAUUAAUUUUUAACUAUGUGUCAUUUUAGAUGUAUAUAUGUAGAAUAAAUUGACACUGAAAAUGUGCUAAAUAUGACCGCGCAUUAGUUUUAGGUAUUUUCAGUGGGAGCUUGAAGUAGCUAUAUACAGGGUAUUUGAUUAUAUUUGGCACCAUAUCUACAGCCUUUACUAUUUAAGAUAGAAAAAAAUUGUAAAUACAAAACUUUACAGUUUUUUUCUAUAUUUUCUUUUAACAUUAUCAGCAAAAAUAAAAUCGCAUCGGAAAAUGGAGAAAUGUAGACAACUUCGACUUUUUUAAAUGGAACACCCUGUAUAUUUUACGAUAAAAUGAAAGACCUUUUCUUCCUGAUUACAAAUAUAUACAGGGUGUAUAUUUUAAGUGAUACCACUAUUGCUAUAUCCGAAACGGUAAGAGCUACAAGGUCGGUUAAAUUAGUAAAAAUAUGCCUUUUUGAUGCCUAUUCAAGACUUGUUUACAGUGUUGCCAAAUUCCUUUUAGUUUAUGAAAUACAGGGUGAUUUUUAAGUAACGGCUAAAAAUAUUUCAUCAAUUAUUUCGAAAACUAUUGAUUUUCGAGACACAAUUUGAAUGUUUCAUAUUUUUUUUUCGCUCUACAACAUGGCAUCUUCAAAAUUUAAAUCCGACGUUUCGUGAUCGAGCUACCAUCAUCAACUUCAUUUUUUUGAAUACGGACUUGGAUUUUUUAUAUCAUUUUUAGAAAGUGCCCUCUAUUCCCUCUUUAACGAUAUACCUCUUAAGUAUGAUUGGCCGACGUUUCUGCUCUAAAAAGUGAUCAUUAGUGAUUUUUACCAAAAUUUUACCUUAAUUCGGCCUUAGUUAUGAACCUGUAUUUCAUAAACUAAAAGGAAUUUGGCAACACUGUAAACACGUCUUGAAUGGGCAUCAAAAAAGGCAACUUUUUUCUAAUUUAACCGACCUUGUAGCUCUUACCGUUUCGGAUAUAGCAAUAGUGGUAUCACUUAAAAUAUACACCCUGUAUAUGUUGAUCAUAUUUACAUCAGCCAUUUUUGACAUAGCUUAAAUUAUAACUAAAUUGCAAAGAAAUUUUAUAAAGAUAGAGAUCCUUAUCGAACUUCUCUGCAAAUUCUUUAUAAUUUAACCUGAGAUAUGUCAAAAAUGGCUCAUGGAAAUGUGAUCAACAUAUAUAUAUUUGUAAUCAACUAAUCAGGAAGAAAAGGUCUUUCAUUUUAUCGCAAAAUAUACAGGGUGUUUCAUUUAAAAAAAUUCGAAGUUCUCUACGUUUCUCGAUUUUCCGAUGCGAUUUUGUUUUUUAUAUAUAUAGAAAUAUAGAAAAAAACUGUCAAGUUUUGUAUCUACAAUUUUUUUCUAUCUUAAAUAGUAAAGGCUGUAGAUAUGGUGCCAAAUAUAAUCAAAUACCCUGUACACACAGCGGUAAAAUUAGGGGAACAGACAAAAUUUACACUAAGUUUAACAUCAAUUUUCUCUUGCCCGAUCUCGAUGAUUUUUUCACAGAUUGUAGCUUAAUUCUUCAGGAAUACAUCUGACUUAUUACCGUUAAUAAAUGAUUCGUCUUUAUAUCAUAUACAGAGAUUGAAGAAAAGUCAGUAAUUUUCAGAGGUUUUUGAGGCACCUUGUGGAGUAAACCACUAGAAAUUCACAAUAGUUUUCAACACCAAAUCUUUUUCGAACUGUGAGAAAAUCAUCGAAAUCGAGCAAAAUGUUCAAGAGAAAAUUGAUGUCAAAUUUAGUGUAAAUUUUGUCCAUUUCGUUAAUAUUGCCAGUCAAGUUCCUAUUGAAUUAUAUUGUUCACGUAGUGGUACAACUGCCUAAAAAAUAAACUUGUAAAUAUUGUAUUUUCAAAAAAAAAAAAAAAAACAAGCUUUUGUGAAGAUAAAUUAUACAUGUAACAUACCUAUCACCCUAUUGUAUUUUUUUUUGUUUUAAUUUAUUUGUACAUAGCGCCCCCCUUGUUUUACAUAGGUAAUUUAUUUAUUAAGACUGAUGAUGUAUCAUCUUUUUUUUAGGUUGUCAAAUUGUAGGCCACACAGUCACUGUUUUAGUAAUUUGUCCGUUUAUACAAAGUGUUUCAAAGUAAAGAGCCUGAAUCCUAGAUAAAUAUAAUUUUCGUGUGAGUUGUACUUGUAUUUUCCUAAUUGGCAUUAAAUUGAAACACAAUGUAUAUAAUAUUGAGCCACCUGGCAAAAUUAUUGUAGUAUUUUACUUUAGAUUGGACCAAAAUGUAGCUGUAGAUCAAAUUUUUUCUGUUAACAGGGUACCAAAUAAAUCAAAAAUUUACACUUUGUAGAAUUUGUGGACCAAUCCAGGUGGCAUUGUCAGAAUUAAAGGGCCCUACCCAAAGUAUACGGAAAUUGUGUUUAUGUCAGAAUUGACUGAAUUUUGUAUAUAAUGUAGAUCACGCCUUCCUGAUUGAAAGUUACCAUUGCGCCAAUCCUGAAAAAUGACUCUUUUUUAAGAAAAUUGAUUCCAUAGGUAGCAAGUAGAACACUUGGAUAUUGUAAUGAACAUUCAAUGUAAUUCAGUAAGUCAUUUUCAGGAUUGGUGCAAUGGUAACUUUGAACCUGGCAUUACACGCGUCAAAAAACUUACGUCAUUACACGUGUACGGUCAAAUCGACCAACUGCUCAAAAGUUUAUAUGAAUUAUUAGCUUUUUUUGCGGAAACGAUCCCAAACGUAUCCUGAACGCUAAGGCAUGACCUACGAAGGUUUACUAAUCAAUAGAGACAUGAAACUUUCAAAUAUUACCUGCGUAAGUCAUGCCUUAGCGUUCAGGAUAUGUUUGGGUCUCUGCGAAAAAAGUGUACAAGCACUAUAAUUCCUAGAACUCAUAAUUAUUACAAAGGGAAUUAUAUUAUGCAGUACAGUUACCGUAUUGACAGCCAAAAGUACUCCCAAUAUCAGAAAAUGCCAAUUUUGAACACAAAUAUUUUAGAUACAGGUUCACGUGCCUAUACUCAAAAGCACCGACUAUGAAAACAACGAACUAUACUUCAACCAAAAACCAAAAUAUUUUUGUGCCAAUGGAUAGUGGAAAACCUGCAUCAGGCAUUCCUGGAUGGACAAAACUGUCACUCUUGUCCAGUGGCGUAGUCACUGAUUUUAUCAAUGGUCGGUCCUUUUGACUGGCACGCGUGUACUCCCGGGUCAAUCAGAAAAGCGUGAUCUACAUUACAUACAAAAUUCAAUCAAAACAAUUUCUGUAUACUUUGGACAGGGUCCUUUAGCCAAAAAGUAAGUUCAUUAUUAUUUUGCAUUUUCCCACUAAAGAAAACCCAGAACCUUGUUAAUAAUUUGUAGUUGCCAGUGGUUCUAGGUUUUGUUUUUUCUUCUCUCAAAUAGGAUACAAGUACGGAAGUUAUUAAACGCGUUGUAAAUACUCCCAGCCUUUAAAUAAAAAUUAUUAUAGAUAAAAAAAAAUUAUACUGUGCUCCUAAGUGUUUGUUAGAAAAAAUACAAUUUUUUAUGUGUACGAUUCUUGUACGGAAUCCAAGUGAUGUAAUAUAAAUGAAUAAAAAUAUUGUUUCUAUAAUAAUAGAAACAUUUAGUCAUAAA